UAGAGGAGAAUUUCACGUAGUCGAAUACGUAGGAUGGGAUAAUUAUACGGAAAUAGUUUCUACUGAUAGAUUGAGAGUACGAAAUACCAACCCACCGAUCGAUAGCAACACAUUUAUCAAAUUUGAAGUUGUGGUUCCUGAAGAGUGUCGUGAAUACGCCCAAAAAGAAGGAGCUCACAAAGAAUUUCAAAAGAGCAUAGAUGCCUGCAUUUGUCGGUACAUACCAGAAAAAGGAGUACUGAGCAUCGUUUCAAGGCACGAAGGUUCUAAGAAGCGUUUGGAUCUACUCAAAGAAAUGCAUUUCCGUAAUCUCAUCCAGAAGGUAAUGCUCGUGAAAAGGACAGAAGAAGCUAAGCGUCAACUAGAGUCCACAAAGCAACAAAAUGUUAAAGUAUACUUGGAAGAAUUCCAAGUAGAAACAAAACUAAUGGGUCUCGCUAUUGGGACUCAUGGCAAUAACAUCCAGCAAGCUCGGAAAGUGGAUGGUAUUACAAACAUCGAACUCGAUGAGAAUACGUGCAAGUUCAAAAUUCAUGGAGAGUCUGCUGAAGCUGUACAAAAAGCAAGAACGAUGCUAGAGUACAACGAAGAAUCUCUAAAUGUUCCUCGCAAGCUGGUUGGAAAGGUGAUAGGCAAAAAUGGCAGAUUCAUUCAAGAAAUAGUCGACAAAAGCGGUGUGACACGAGUGAAAAUUGAAGGUGACAACGAAGCAGAGCCGAGUGUACCACGCGAAGAGGGUCAGGUUCCUUUCCUUUUUGUCGGCACCGUUGAAAGCAUAGCCAAUGCAAAAAUGUUGCUCGAUUAUCAUCUUUCACACCUAAAGGAAGUUGAAGAAAUGAGAUUGGUGAAAAACACACUAGAAACCGAAUUGAAAACAUUGCACGGUUCGAUGGGUUCGAUGCAAAGUUUUCCUAUCCAAAGGCGUCCAGAUAGGGGCUACAACUCAGACAUGGAGAUGGGCGGUGGAAGAGGCCAUGGAGGCUUGAUGAGGGGAGGAGGAAGGGGUGGACGCGGGAGGAGCAGUGGCUCACGCUACAGUGGAGCUGGAUCGUGGCACCAGAAUGCAGAUCAAGCAGACGAUAGCAGAGUGCGUGACCUGCCUCCGCGUCAGCAGGGUGGUGGGGGGGGCUACCAGUCGAGCAGCAGUCGACGAGGGGGACAGCCCCCACCCCCCCGCAACCACCUGCGUCGCGGCGACGAGAGGCGACGCAUGACCGACGAUGAGGACACCAUACUAGACAGUCACGACAGCCGCGACGACAGGGAGUCCGUAUCAAGCAUGGAGGGCGGCAAACGGCCACCGCGACAGAAGCGCAAUCGACGCAAACCGAUGCGCGCGCACAGUCAGACGCCACAGCCGACGACCGCCACCGACAACAGCCAACCAGCUCCACCCCCCACUACCAACGCUAAUGUCAAUGCCAAUGCCAACAUCACAAACGGCAACACUGCUGUAUUCGUAAACGAUCCGCAGGCGCAAAGUGGAGGCGGGGGCGGGGGUGGCAGCAACAGUAAAGAGAGCAGUACCGAGCAGGCAUCAAGUAACAAUACGGGAGGCGGCAGUGGAGGCGGAAAGAGGGCGAGAGACCAGCGCAGUGGACCUCGCUUCCAGCAACAGCAGCGUAACAACUUGCCCAUGUCCGGAGGCGGUGGGGGCGGCAAGAGGGGCGCCGACAAGCCCCCCAAGGAGCCGUCUCUCGUCAACGGCACCUCGGCCUAAUGCUCAUUCGGUCGUCUUCGUCGUCGUCCUCAUUUUUCGUUCUGCUAUUUUUUCGCCCUUUGAACAUUGACUCGAAACGACAAGCCAACCAACAGUCACGCUUUCCUCAAUACCCGAGUCUGACUGUUGAUUCACUCAAGAACACUUAUUACGAUUGAUACUGAAUUCCGGCUCCGCUCUGCACAAUCACCAUAGAGCGUUAAAUCAUUAUUAUCGUCAUACUGAAAUUCGAGGCUUUCCACUCAGUUAUGGUACCAUCACGCGGGCUCUGCAAAUGUAAGCAGCUGCCUUAGCUUUCUAAUGUGCUAUUGUAAUUGUGUGUGAAAACUUGUACAUGAGAACAAAUCUAACGUAUUGCUUAUGCUCAGAGUGAAUGUGUCUUACAACUAAAGCGUAGAAUGUACAAGUGUACAAGUUGGAGAACCCGUAAAGUAAUCCCGGGACUAAGAAUACGGCCCUUGUGCUAUUAUCACGGUAUCCAUACACUUUCUUUUUCGAGAGACAAAUUUUUAUUCAAGUGACAGCUUGCUGGCCAUCCAUUGGAAACGGAUUUGAGGCCCGCCCAACAUCAAUGUCCUAUUCAAAUUUAUAUUCAAAGAAAUAAUGUGCAGAGAAGGAAUUUCCAGUGAUGACUCCAAAUUACAGCCGUUCUACGUUGAAUAAUUAGCUUAUUCUAUGUCUGAAAAUAACAGCUUGUUCAUGUUGUACAUAAAUUCAAACAACAUGAUUUUUUUCAGUGCUUACAGACAUUUCAAAAUCUUGAAAGUCUUCUUCAUAAAUAUAUCUUUAUUUGCUUUUUUUUGCUUUUGUCGGCAAAAAUGUUGUAUCAAAUACAAUCUUGUUCAUCCAUUUCUAUUCCAAAUCGUGAAAUUAAUAUUUUACAUUGAAGCUUUUAUUGGACAAACUCUUCCAAAAAUAUUUUAUGAUGAUAAAAAGAUGAUCUGAAGAAAUUUGCUAAUUUUUCGAAAUAAUAUUAUUAGUUUAAUAUAAAUAAAUGUUUGUUACAUUGAUCUUUAUCGCUUUGAAGUUGCAAGCUUUCUGUAGAUAAAACUAUCGAUUGGUUUUACGAAUCGAUUGCAAUUUAAGUCGAUAGAUGAAAAACAUUUCCUCGAUAAAUUUUACAUUAAUCAAAAUAGAUUGUUGUCUGUACCUCCUCCCUAAUAUUGGAUAAAUUCUAAGCAUUUUUAUACGUAUUAUGUUUUAGUUGUGAUUCAUUCUUAUCUGAUAGGAAUUGGGGAUUACCCUUGAUGAGGCAGUCUAAAACACCAUGAUAACUGCCUCUAACUAUUAUAAUUCAAAAGAACUUGAACAAUUGUGUAUUAAUUAUGAAUAUCAUACAUUAUUAUUACUUAUUCAAUUAUUAUGAAAUCAACUGAGUUAUCAGUAUUAUUAUCAUGCCACGUCACAUGAUUUUUUAUUAUGGAUUAUCAUGAUUUUCUUUACACUGCUCUGGCUCUGACAAAAAAUGUUGUCAUCCAUGUUGAAGGAUUCAAUAAAAUCCAAUAUUAUCAUGAUUUGUGAGGUAUUAAUGUAUUUAAAAAAACAAAUUGAAUUGUUUUUUAAUGUUCCUCCUCGUAUAAUAUUAUAGCAUGUCAUUGUUUACUGCUAGAUCACCGUAACAGUAUAAUUUCAUUUGAAAUCUUGAGUGUGGAUACUUAGCAAGCAUAUUUUCAUUCAAUUCUUAUUUCAUUAUUCAGCAAGAGUAGGUAGCUGAAAUUUUGUUUUCUUAUAAAAAGGUUGGAUCCUCUGGUGUUAUUAUUAAAUUCAUUAAUUUUUAAUGAGCAUAAAGCUUAUGGUACUGUUACUGUAAAAAGCAAAAUAUUCAAGUUUAUAAGAAGUAGCGUACUUUUUUUUAAUUGAAAGUCUGUAUGAAAGAGUUAUCGUUUUUUGUAGCUCUUGUAAUCUCAUUUAAUUUGUCAAUCAAUUUUUGAACCUUUGAAUUGUAUCCGCAUCAUGCAUCAUUAUUCUCAGUAGUUUUAGUUCGAUUAUAUUUCCUUUUCAUUCAAAUCAUACCAUUCGUGUGUGAAUUGAACUCAAUUUGAAAUAUCAUAUCUAUAGUUAUCAUUUUCCUCCUAUUCAUUCAUAAGAUAUCAACAAUUUAUGUUUUAUGCUUUUGUUUUGAAAACAUUUCUCAAUUCAUCUUCCUUGUAUCAAGUUGUGUAAAUAUAAUCAUUUUUUCGUAAUAAUUACUCUCUUAUGAUUUGCUCAUUGUUCCUGAAAAUGUUUUGAGACAGUUCUUCAUAGAUAGUACUACCUAUGCAGAAUAAUCCAUUGCUGUAACUUGUCAAUAGUUGGAAAUUGGAGACCUAUCAGUUAUAUAGCAAGUAUGAAUGCAGAAGCUAUUUUGUCAUUGUUUUUGUGAUUUUAGGAUAGAUUUUAUUUUUUAUUAAUAUCUUCUCUAACACGAUUCAAUUUAGUUUUCCUGUAUGAUUGACCUAUUUUCAAGUUACAUAUGUGUCGUUCAGUUAUAAAUGUGCUUGUUUCCAGUAGAAGUUUCUGCAUAAAAAAAAGCAAAAAGUAUUGCGUUCUCAAUAUAUAGUAACUUAGUAAUAAUAUUGAUAGAAUAAGAAGAUGAAACUUGAAAAUUGCUGUCGUUUGAUGGUUCAAACAAUUCUGAUCAUUACUAUUAUAUUCAUUAUUCAAUAAUCUGUCAUUCAAUGAAUUCAUUGUUUCGUCAUAGCUAUUCACAUUAAAUGGAUAAUAAUGUUAAUUGAUGAUUGUGGAUAGUAAUAACGAGAUGUAUGCAGUGUCUAAUAGAAUUUUAGUGGAUACUAUAACUUAAUAAUUGUCAGUGUAGCGCGCUUCAAGGUUUAAAGUCAUUUUUCCUGACAGAUUUGUCAAUUAAUUGCCAGAAAAAUCAAGGUACUCUACACCUGAUGCAAAAUCGAGAUAGCCUACAUGUGACGUGAGCCUUGCCGUUGCCUGUUUGUUACACGCAGAGUGGUUGAAUGAUACAAUAACUUGUCAGAUUAUUUGCCAUCUAACAUCUAAUGUGUCACAUUGUGGAUGACAAUUUGAUUGGGUGUAUGUUUUGUAAAUUAACAUAAACGAUACUUGACGGUUGUCAUCAAUAUCCAGGCCAUACAAUCAAAAAGCUGAAUCUAGGCACUGAUUACUUUAACGUGAAAAUGAAGAAGAUAUGGUCAGGAAACAAUUUUGAUACUGUCCAUAUGUACCUUUACCCUUCCUAUCCUAAUUAUAAAUAAGUGAAUUUUUUGUAUUGUUAGAAACCCACUGUAUUUAAAUUUAUUGAAGUAAACAUGAAAAUUAUGAACAAA